GUAUGAUGAUUGGUUAGUGAUAAUCGUGUGUUGUAAGUAGCCAAUCAGACCGCAGAGUAGGCGGGAUCUGACUGAAUGCGGAUGGGGAAAACAUUUACUGACAGCUGAUUCCGCUGCUGUUGCUAGUCACUUUAGCACGAGACAUCGACAACUUAUGUUUUAUUAAAAAAGAGUCAGAUUAAAUGUGAAAGAUUUUAAAGACGUGACCUUAAUGAUGAGGAUGUGAAGUUGUCGGCUGAAGUCGAGCCGUUUAUUCCCCAGAAGAAAGGUGUUGACUCCACCCUUUUGAACAUGAACCUAUCAGGAGACAGCGUGGGAGCCAUGGGGGCGGAGCCAACACCAAUCCCCUCCUACCUCAUCACCUGCUAUCCGUUCGUGCAGGAGAACCAACCUAACAGCAGGCAGUUACCGGUGUAUAAUGGAGAGGUGCGCUGGCAGCAGCAGUGUGGUUCUGCCCCCUAUGUGGCGUACUCGUUUGUGUCCUCGCCCCCUCAGCCUGCUGCAGUGUGUAAUGAUUACUCUUACUGCUCCCUGCUGCCACCCCCCUGCCCUCCCCUCAUGGGCUUCUACCAGCCCCUCACUGCCCCCUAUGCUGCACCCCUGCCCUCUGGCUUGGGAAACCCUGUUUCAGACACCUGUCUCAGAUCCCCACAGCCACAAGGGCAGCCAGUCAGCAUGGGUGCACAGAGAGGGAGAGGCGGGGCCAGAGCACCUGUCCCGCCCAAGCAGGUGGCUCAGCCAAUCAGAGUGAAGCGUCCGGUGAUGCGCAAUGUGGCAGUGCAGAAGGAGGUGGCAGCUGCAGGGCCUGAUGGGAAAUUACGCACUGUACUACUGGUGGACGCUGCUCAGCAAACUGACUUCCCUGGAGAGCCGUCCAGCAGCAGGUGUGUGUCAGACAGAGUGAGUCCUCUGCAGUUCAGAGGGAAGGUCAGACGCAGACGCUCGUCUCAGACGGCCGAGUCGUCCAGUGAGCACGGAGCGAGUGAAGCAGACAUCGACAGUGACAGCGGCUACUGCAGCCCCAAACACACACUGGGUGUUGAAGCUGGAGUCAUGACUGCAGUCAGCUGGGUGAAUCCCUCCUCUUCAGCUCCUCAGAAACCCUGGGCAGACCGUAGCUCGACCUUCCACAGAAACAAAAUGGAGCAGAGGAAUUACUCUCAGGAGUUUCAGAUAGGCUUUAAUGGCCGUGGUGUUGGUGGAGCUGUUGGGGGUCAGAGGAGACUGCAGCAGGGUGGAGCUCAGCCUGAACACACCCCUGAACCUCUCUACUUCCAGGAUGAGGAGGAGUUCCCUGACCUGGCCACAGGGGGUGCUGUGCAGCGCAACAAACCUGAACAAGUACAGCUCAAACUGCCCAAACCACUGUUGGAUAAUCUUCCAGAAAAUUCCCCCAUCCACAUUGUUCAGACUCCCAUUCCCAUAACAACCUCAGUGCCCAAACGAGCCAAGAGUCAGAGGAAGAAAGCUCUGGCAGCAGCGUUGGCUACAGCACAGGAAUACUGCGAGAUCAGCAUGGAACAGAGGAAACUGCAGGAGGCUCUAACUAAAGCAGCAGGGAAGAAAAGCAGAACUCCAGUACAGCUGGAUCUGGGGGACAUGCUCGCUGCACUGGAGAAACAACAACAGGCCAUGAAGGCACGACAACUCAACAACACCAAACCCCUUUCAUAUACAGUGGGUACGACUCCAGGGUUCCACAAUAAGGAUACAGUCAGUAAGAAUGUGAUGAAAUCAUACACUCCCCCCCACAACAUGCUGGACUCCACAGCACCUAAAAUCAAGAGGGGUAAAGAGAGAGAAGUACCCAAAGUAAAGAGACCUACUGCCCUCAAGAAGGUAAUCCUGAAGGAGCGUGAGGUGAAGGCUAAGCUGUGUGUGAAGGAGCAGCCGGAUGAUGAGCUUCACUUCACUGACACACUCACACAGGAGACAGUCUCACAAGAGGAGAAUGGUCUGAGCAUGCCCAGUGAUGCCUCACUGUCUCCAGCCAGUCAGAAUUCUCCAUACAGUAUCACCCCAGUGUCACAGGGUUCUCCAGCCAGCUCAGGGAUUGGCAGCCCCAUGGCCUCCUCCACCAUCACUAAGAUUCACAGCAGGAGGUUCAGAGAGUACUGUAACCAGGUGCUGAACAAGGAGAUCGAUGAGAGCGUCACUCUGCUGCUGCAGGAGCUAGUGCGUUUUCAGGAGCGAGUGUAUCAGAAGGAGCCCACUAAAGCUAAAGCUAAGCGCCGGCUGGUCAUGGGUUUGCGUGAGGUCACCAAGCACAUGAAGCUCAACAAGAUCCGCUGUGUGAUCAUCUCACCUAACUGUGAGAAGAUCCAGGCCAAGGGUGGUCUGGAUGAGGCUCUGUAUAACGUGAUUGCGAUGGCCCGUGAGCAGGAGAUCCCAUUUGUUUUCGCUCUGGGGCGUAAAGCCCUCGGCCGCUGCGUUAACAAACUUGUCCCCGUCAGCGUGGUCGGGAUCUUCAACUUUUCUGGAGCAGAGGCUUUGUUUAACCGCCUGGUGUCUCUGACGGAGGAGGCUCGCAGGGCGUAUAAGGAGAUGGUGUGUGCUCUGGAGCAGGAGCAGGCUGAGGAAGCUCUGAAGAACGUUAAGAAAGUUCCACAUCAUAUGGGUCACUCGCGCAAUCCUUCAGCUGCCUCGGCCAUUUCCUUUUGCAGUGUCAUCUCAGAACCCAUCUCUGAGGUCAAUGAGAAGGAGUACGAGACCAACUGGAGGACAAUGGUGGAGAACUCUGAUGCUUUAGAACCUCUGGAGAAUGAGUUUAACAGACCAAGUGUGAGUAAAGACACAGAGGGAAGCACAGACGGCGCACUGACCGCGUCCCAGACCACCUUGUCCACCUCGUCCUGUAAGGAGGAAGGGCGCACAGAGGACGGACUGGAGCGAGCCUCUCAGCAGAGCACAGAGACGGGGUCUCUGGAUGGGAGCUGCAGGGGUCCCACCACCUCCUACUCGUCCAUCACCAGUGCCAGCAGCAUCACACUGGUCCCCGGUGCGCUGGGCGAGGACGAAGAGGAGGACGAGGACGAAGACGAGGAUGAGGAGGAUGAGUACACACCCGAACCUAUCCUGGUGGAGGUUCCUCCUUUGAGCAGCAUGAUUGAGACAUGGGUGAGCACCACGCUGGAGAACCUGCAGCUCUCUGGGAAGACACACGGUGAGGAGGAGGAGGAGGAAGAGGAGCUGGAGGGGGAGGAGCCGGAGAAGGAGGAAGAGGAGGAAGAAGAUAUCAGAGGAGUGAGUGAUGAAGAGGAUGAGCUCGGGUCUUCUGUGGAGGAUAAGCAGAUUGAGAAAAACUCUGAAUGAGACACACAUACACACACACAUAUACACACACUUCCUGCUAUAUCAACCACAACAAUCUCAGGAAACUGACGGGGACGGACCACACACACACACACACAAAGCUCCAUCUCCGUCCAUACUUGAAUGAAUUACACUCCUUACUCCGUGUGUGUAUUGAUGAUGAUGAUGAUGAUGAUUAUUGAUGAACAGCUAAACACACACACACACACACACACACUGCUUUCUGCUCACGCAUUAAGGGAUUAUUUCUCCUUUAUUUAUUCUCAGAAUCAACAACAGUGUCUUUAUUAUUAUUAUUAUUAUCAUCAUUAUUGAACCCUCUCCAGCUCGACACACACACACACACACACACACGUGUUUAUUGUUAUAAUUGUUAGUUUAAAAUUAGUCAUGACAGAUUAUUGUGGUGUAUAAAAGCUCGACUCUGAUUGGUUAAAAUCCUCAUUGUUUCUCCGCGUGCGUCACAUCAUGCCCGAACGUGUGCGCGCGUGCGUGUGUGUGCGUGUGUGUGUGUGCGCCUGCGUGUGUGCGACUAAACCGAACGAGCGAUCCGUGUAAAUAGCGUGUAAAGGUUGUUUCUAAUAAACGAUGCGCUUCUUAUUUAUCGUGUUUAAAUAACGAUGGAACAAAAUGGACAUUUUCUGGUUGUUGGUUUUAAAUCCUGUGUUUUUCUCCUGUCCCUGGACGUGUGCUGAUAAAUCACAAUAAUCACUCUGUAUCUUGCCAUAUUAGCACUUUUUAGCCGUUUUGAAUAAUGCAGCUAGCUACCUAGUUCUUCAUGUUCUGCUAGAUAUAUGUGAUCACGAAUCACUCCGUUUAUUCAGCAUUAGCCACAGUCAUCAUGCUUAACUUACUGAAUCAUUAGCCCGCUGUUAGCUAGCUUGCUAUGUAACCAUGGCAACAUGUUUUAUUUCAACUUGUUGAUUAGCGUGAAGCAUCCGUGCUUGUUGAUUAGUGUAACGUAGUGUGUGUGAUGAUCGGCACAUGGCUAGCAUGAUUACUGAUCUGUACAGGUUACCUGUGUUCAGGUGAGAGCGACUUUCCUCUUUCACUUAGCUUUAGGCUUUUUUUUCCCUUUGGUUCCUUUCUACUCCCUUUAAAGUAAGUGUUAUAUUGGAUAUAGAUCAGGAAAAAAAUAAUCUACCAUCAGGUCUGAAAGUCAGGCUGCACCACCAAGGACUGUCUAUUCACUUCUGUAAUAAACUCUAGUGCUGUACAGUAAACAAUCCUCACACACCUUUUCUUCAGUGUCAUUAACGAGUGUUAGCCUGUUAGAAUAGUCUGUAAGCAUUAGCCUCUUAGCAAAGGACUCACUUAGAUUUAAAAAUCACUCUUUAAGUCUAACUGAAUCAUUUCCAGAAUGAAUGUCAAAUGAGUCCUGGAGUGAUUCAGUUAGAUUCAAACUGAUUUGUUUCAGUGAUUCACUGUAAAUGACUCCCUAAGUGAUUCAUCUCUGUGUCUGUGACUCUUUUAGUGAUAAACUUGGUGUGGUAAACAACUCCUUAAAAGAUUCAAACACUCAAUAAUGACGCUUUAAACGAUCCACACACAUUUAUAAAUGCAUUUAUGGACCAGAGAUGUGGAGCAGGAAUUAUUAUAAUAAUAAUAAUAAUCCAGUUCAUGGUGGUGAAUCAGACUUUAUGGCCGUGACCAGGUGAAGGAAUCAUUCAUUUAUUAGAUUUUUAUGUGUAAACUCACUGAGGACAGUCACACUGUGUGUGUGUGUGUGUGUGUGUGUGUGUGAGAUCCAGAAUCAGACUUUCAUGUAAUGUAGCAAAAUAAACAACACAAAAACAGAUUCUGAGACAUUGCUCUGUGCGUGUGUGUGUAAGCGUGUGUGUAAGUGGACUUAUAAGACACUCCACUCACUCUUUACUUUUUCUUUUACUUUUCUGCUAUUUCUGUCUAAUUUGGAUAUUCUCCUACAGAUAUUUUUAUCCCCCCUCUCUAUCCCCCUCUCUCCCUCUUUCUAUAAUAACUGUUAGAAUUCCUGAAGGAUUUUGUAUUGUUGUCCUCACUUACCUUUUUGUGGUGUGAGCUCUUUAUUAGAUUAAAGGUUAAUUACACACACACACACACAGGAUUGUGUAUAGUAGCAGCGCAGUGUGAUUAGUCCUCGUGUAUAAACUGCGUGUCAUUUGCACUAUGUAAAUAUGGCAGACUGACCGUGAUGGUGGUGUUAAUGUGAAACGGUGAUAUGAAGGAUUUCUGUCGUGCUGCUUGUAUUUCUGUGGGAGCUUCUCUACAAUACACACACACACACACACACACACUCUCUUUUAAUGUGCUCUUUAUGACAUUUGACCAAUUAACACCAUUAAACUCUUGUAAUGAAAACCA